ACGUUCUAUUUCCACGUUCACCUCAUUAUAGACUUCCCUCCAGCCGUAUCUCUAGGAACAACCACGACUCCCGGCAUACUUUGCAAAACGGCGGGAGAAGGAAGGUUUCGGUCUAUAGUGUUAGUUAGGUUGCCAUGGGUACAAAUUUUUUUUUUUUGGUUGUACGCGAGUCCGUUGAAGAGACGCUCACGCAGUCGGUUACUUGAGGGGGAACCCUUCUCCGUUCAGAGUCUCGACUUGGAUGACAGUUGUUUUGUUUAUUGACUGAAGAGCAAGUGGAGAGUCUAAUUGUUACAAUACCUACAUACAUCGUGUCAGUCCUGUAAGCUGCUUGAACUAUAUGUAGAAAAUCUUUGCGCAUUGUCUGGACAAUGUCAAGGAAAGCCUCUAGAGAAUCUAAAAAAGUUAAUGUGUCCAGCUCCUUGGAAUUGGAAGAUAUUAGUUUGGAGACUACAGUACCCACUGAUGAUAUUUCUUCCUCGGAAGAUCGGGAAGGUACCAUCAAAAUUACCAGAGGGCUGAUUGAACGGAAGGAGCUGCUUCAUAAUCUCCAGUUGCUGAAAAUAGAGCUUUCCCAGAAGAACUUGAUGUUAGACAACUUGAAGGUGGAAUACCUGACUAAAAUUGAAGAACUGGAAGAAAAGCUUAAUGAUGCCCUCCAUGAGAAACAGCUGCUAUCUUUACGACUAGAUAACCAGUUGGCAUUACAGCAAGAAGAUGCUCGAAAACAUCAAGAACUAAUGAAACAGGAAAUGGAAACCAUCUUGUUGCGCCAGAAGCAAUUAGAAAAGAAUAACCAUCAGUUAAGAGAGUGCGCUGGAGAUAUCCGCCGCAGCUUGCGUGACCUUGAACUGACUGAUGAGCACUAUACCAAACUGAAAUCUCUUCCAGAAGAUGAACUUUCUAUUUCUGAAUACGUAUCUAUUAGAUUUUACGAAACGGUGCAGCCUUUUAAAAAAGAGCUAAAUGAACUACAGGUAAAGAAGGAUGCAGCAUCUGAAGAAAUGAAUGACUAUAAAUCUCAGUUGAAACACUUGAUGGAGAACUAUGAAGCAGAGCGAAGAAAUCGGUCAGAAUUAGAAGUUAGAUGUCAACGUUUAACACUUGAACUAGCAGAUACAAAACAAAUGAUUCAGCAAGGUGACUAUAGGCAAGAGAAUUAUGAUAAAAUAAAAUGCGAGCGUGAUGCAUUUGAACAUGAUUUUUCAGAGCUUCGGAGAAAAUAUGAAAUAUUAGAAGUGUCGCACAAAGCACUAACCAAAGAAAGAAACGAUUUAUCGAAAGAGGUUGCAACUUUACAGCAGUCUGUUACCUUGCUUCAGAAGGAUAAGGAUUACCUCAAUCGUCAAAACAUGGAGCUUAAUGUUCGCUGUGCCCAUGAAGAAGAUCGUCUUGAAAGGCUUCAGGUUCAGCUAGAAGAUGCCAAAAAGGCAAGAGAAGAGAUUUAUGAGAAAUAUGUCUUAUCAAGAGACCAUUAUAAAACAGAAUAUGAAAAAAAACUGCAUGAUGAAUUAGAACAAUUAAGACAGAAGACAUCUCAAGAAAUAGAGCAGCUUCGAACAGCUACAAAGGAAAUGUAUGAACGUGAAAACAGAAAUUUAAGGGAAGCCAGAGAUAAUGCUGUGACUGAAAAAGAGAGAGCUGUUGUGGCUGAAAAAGAUGCUUUAGGAAAAUAUGAGCAGCUUUUAGAACAGUACAGGCAGCUGCAACUAAGCACAGAAAGCAAAGUGGCUGAACUUCUCCAUCAGAGUAAACUAAAGUCCUUUGAAAGUGAACGUGUACAGCUUAUGCAAGAAGAAACCUCUAGGAACCUUUCACAGUGUCAGCUGGAGUGUGAAAAAUAUCAGCGAAAACUAGAAGUUUUAACCAAAGAAUUUUAUAAUCUUCAAGCACUGAGUGAGAAACGGAUUUCAGAACUUCAGGCACAAAAUUCUGACUACCAGGCAAGGCUUGACACGUAUGAAAAACUGGAAAAAGAACUUGACGAGAUAAUAAUGCAAACUGCAGAACUUGAAAAUGAAGAUGAAGCAGAAAGAGUUCUGUUCUCCUAUGGGUAUGGUGCAAAUGUUCCUACAACAGCCAAAAGAAGGUUGAAACAAAGUGUUCAUUUGGCAAGAAGGUUACUGCAGCUAGAAAAGCAAAACACACUGCUUGCAAAAGAUCUGGAGCAUCAGAAGGAGCAAGUUACCCAAACUUCACUAGAGCGGGACAGAGCUAAUUCAUUGUUGAACCAAGUACAGCAACCUUACAGGUAUCUCAUUGAGUCUGUGCAACAGAGAGAUUCUCAGAUACAUUUACAGAAAGAACAUAUUGCACAACUUGAGAAAGAUAUUGGUCUUUUAAAUAAAGAAAAGACAGCUUUGCUGCGUGUCAAGAAUCAAAUGGCAGCAGAUUUAGAAAGACUUCUAAAUCACCGUGAGGAACUUGCUGUGAUGAAACAGAUGUUGAUUAGUCUUCAUGGUAAACCCCAAGGAGAUAAUUUGCCUCAGAAACAGAGUAAAGAUCUGCCUGCAAAAGCCAUAUCGAGCCCAUCAGUCAAUUUACCUUUUGGACAUGAGGAAGGAAAUAUAUUUGCACCCAGACCAACAUUAUUUACAAAUGAAGCUCCACUACAAUGCUUGAAGAAGGUAAAGCAGAAAAAAGCCUCUUAGGUUAUUAUUCCAAGAAAGAAAUGAAGAUCAUCAUAAUCAUGUUCUAAAAACGUUAAAGAGAACUUGUGGAAUUGCUUUUAUGAAUUUCAAAAUUCAUAUACCAGCCCAUGUGCUAAGUAGUAGCUAAUA